AUGGGCGCCAAGACAUCUGAAGACGAUCACUCUGGAGGAAAUGGCCAAGGACCACUCUCAUCCAAGCCAUCCUCUGCAGGCGGAGAGCCACGCGGUGUUCAUCUCGCCCGCGAUGGCGACGGUAGUCUGGGAGGCGACGGGGGCGACGACGGCGACGAUGAUGAUAAGAACAACGCUCCCGCCGGACCGCUAACCGACGGUGCUGGUAAGAAGAAGAAAAAGAGAAAGCCGAAGAAGAAGAAGAAGGCUCCUACACAGCAAUCUUCACCUCCUAGAGUCCCACUGAGUGAUCUCUUCAGAGAGUUUCCCGCUGGUGAAAUUCAGGAUUACAACACUGCUCGUACCACUGCUGAGGAAGUUCGCUUCAUGGGUCGUCGACAACUCGAGGACCCGGAGUUUCUGAACGAUUAUCGAAAGGCUGCUGAAGUUCAUCGUCAGGUCCGACAGUGGACGCAGGAUAAUGUCAAGCCGGGUGAUAAGCUCAUUGAUGUUGCUAAUGGUAUUGAGGACGGCGUGCGUGCGUUGUUGGGGAAUCAGGGUAUUGAACCUGGUGAUAACCUCAAGUCUGGAAUGGGGUUCCCAACGGGUCUUUGUUUGAACCAUGAAACUGCGCAUUAUACGCCUAAUCCUGGCCAGAAGGAUGUCGUGCUGAAGUAUGAGGAUGUUAUGAAGGUUGAUUUCGGCGUGCAGAUCAAUGGCUGGAUCGUCGACAGUGCGUUCACCAUGUCAUUUGAUCCUACCUACGAUAAUCUUCUGAAUGCCGUCAAGGAUGCGACCAACAGCGGCAUCAAGGCCUCUGGCAUCGACGUUCGUAUCUGCGACGUCAGCGCCGCAAUCCAAGAAGCAAUGGAAAGUUACGAGGUCGAAAUCAACGGAAAGACAUACCCCGUGAAGCCCGUCCGCAACAUCUCAGCGCACAACAUCAAGCACUACCAGAUCCACGGUGGAAAGUCGAUCCCGUUCAUCAAGAACAAUGAUCAGACUAAAAUGGAGGAAGGUGAAGUGUUUGCCAUCGAGACGUUUGGUACAACCGGUACUGGACGGCUUUACGACGAUUUUGGGACUAUUGUCUUUUGCCGUCGAUAUCUUGAGCGUUUAGGCCAAGAGCGAUAUCUCGCUGGUCUGAACUCUUUGGUGUCGAAUGGUAUUCUUGAGGCGUAUGAGCCGCUUGCUGAUAUUAAGGGUUCUUACUCGGCGCAGUUCGAGCAUACUAUUCUGCUUCGAGAGUCGCAUAAGGAGGUCAUUAGUCGUGGAAGUGACUACUAA